GUGUUUCCCGAUCGAUCUCCUCUCCUACCAUCCAAGCCCGAAGCACUAUAAGUAAACUGCCGCACGUACGCUCGCUUAUUCCCAUUGCCUCCCCGAACAUCGAUCUCCUACGAUCAGAUCCGGUUUCACUUCACCAUCACGCGCGAUGGCUAGCUUGAUGCCAUCGCUUGCCAUGGACCUGCCACAAGAAGAAGGAGGCCACGAGGACUCCGCGUUCCUCGGCGUCGUGGGAGAUCCAGACGACUCGGAGUUGGCCGCGUUGGUGGCCGGGGCGCUGAAGACGGUGGACGCGCCGUCCGACGACGACGACGACGAGCUCAGCUGCCCGAUCUGCUUGGAGGAGGACGACGCCGCGGCGUGGAAGGAGACACCGUGCGGGCACCGGUUCCACGGGCGGUGCGUAGAGAGGUGGCUGCAGGAGAAAGAGAGCUGUCCCAUGUGCCGUCGCGAGGUCGUCACGGCGCCCGCCGCCACCGCAGAUUGUACUGCUGCACACCUACAUUUCUUGUGGAUAGCUGCCUUGGGGUUGCAUGUGUUUGGCGAUGUUCCUGUGGACGACAUGGAAACUGAUGAUGAUGAUGAUGCUUAG